UGUAAACUGCUUGAGAGUGCUGACAACUUCAAAAGCAGCCGGUAGAGACUUUCUUGCAAAGUUCAGGAAGGAUCUCAAAAAUGCUGAAGGCUGCAGACAAUGUUGCUAUGAAGCAGGAGGACUCUGCGUCCCGAAAUGGAGAAAUGACAAGUUGGGAUAUCAAUGACAUCAAACUUCCCCAGGACGUAAGACAGACAGAUUGGUUUCAGGAAUGGCCAGAUUCCUACGUAAAACGUAUUUACAGCUCAGAGGAUAAAAAUGCUCAGAAGCAUCACAGUAGCUGGGCAAUGAGAAACACCAACAACCACAACUCUCGUAUUUUAAAGAAGUCCUGCCUUGGGGUGGUGGUCUGUGGCAAUGACUGCUCUACCUUGGAUGGCAGGAAGAUCUACCUGAGGCCAGCCAUAUGCGACAAAGCUAGGCAAAAACAACAGCGGAAAUGCUGUCCAAACUGCAACGGACCCCUGCGGCUUCUUUCCUGCCGAGGCCAUGGGGGUUACCCAGUCACCAACUUCUGGAGGCAUGAAGGCCAGUUCAUAUUUUUUCAGUCCAAAGGGGCUCAUGACCAUCCACGUCCAGAAACAAAACUAGAAGCAGAAGCAAGGAGAUCCAUUCAGAAAGCACACACGGCUUUUUCUCCACCUUCUUCAACACCAAUAAGGCUCCAGGAGAUCAAGUCUGUGACAGGUGAGGUGCCCACCCAGAAGGCUUUGCCUUUGUUCCUUUCCGAGCCGGACCAGUGUAUGCUACCUCCCAGUUCUGGGGGAUGUUUAAGCACAAGCUCCCUGCAGCACACAGCAGGCUGCUGCAUGGAACAGCCACCAUAUCCGACAGCAGCCAUGGAGCACAUGGAAGACCAGGUGCACCCUGCGCAUGGUGGCUUGUGCACACAGGCCUGGAGCAGCCCCCUGCACAUCUCUGAUGUGUUGCUGGUUACAAAGGGAGGCCACAAUCCCCUCAGGCCCAGUGUUGGCCCUCUGGGGGAGGAAUCCUGCGAGGGAAAAGCUCCUCCAACCUACAGCCUCCCUCCUCCGUCAUACCCUCUGCCUCAGCAUGGGCCCGGCCUGCAGGGCUCACACCAGCACCAGCAGCAGCUCCCAGCGCUCUUCAAGGGAAGCUAUGGUGACGUGGAAGAAGGAAGGCGCUGCGUGAACCCCAGCUACUGCAACAACUUGUUCUGUAACCUGUACCCAUUACGGUGACUGGGUUAACGUUUUCUCUCUAUAUGCACCUCCACCAAUGGGCAGCAUCUUUUCUGUCAGAUGCAAGGAAGGGCUUUUAUGUCUGCAGAGCUAUCUCUACUUUUUUCUUUUUCCUCACUCAUCAUCUCUUCUUACGAACUACCCUAGUUGGUACCAGGCAGCCUGGCAGAAUUUCAUGGCACCAGCCCUAUAACCAUACUGCCUGACCUAGUUUCACACAUUUCUGUACUGAAGGUGCCUCACUGUUUUUUCCAGCCAAUUUCCAUUGGUAACAAAUCCUUCAGCAUCCUUUCCUGCACAUCACCCUGUGUUUCAACCACUUCUGUAAUCUAUAUUUCAGCAGGAGAUAUCAGUUCCCUGAUUUGUUUUAAAAAGUAGGGUGCCAAAAAUGAAUUUUCUUGCCUGAAUUUAGUGACCAGCUUUGAGAUUUUUGGCAAAGGCUUCUUUACCUUUUCUACUGUAAUUCAAUCUGAUUUCCCCAAUGUCUUUACUCUCUGGACCAUGUCUCAGGGGCCACCAUCCAAUACUAUGCAGCAGAAAGCCCCAGUACAUGCUCCCACUGCCAUCUCUGCAAGGAAGAGCUGAGGGAUGCCAAGUCUAGAGCCAUGGCUGUGGCUGGUUCCCCCAGCUUCCAUGGCUUCACGUGCUGCCAGCCCCUGAAGUCAGACACAGCGCUGGCAGUCCUGACCAGCCCUGCCUGUGGAGCAAGCCAUGCCCAGGCAAAAUGAACUUUUUAUUGAGAUGAGUCUGGGAGGACAGUAUUACAAAACCAGUGGCAAUAAAAACUUUACAGUACUUCAGACCAUGGCAUAUCGGGUGUCCAUCAAAACAGAUUUGGUCUUCUCAUGGGAACUUACAGCAGCCUUCCAGUACCUGAAGGACUUCUACAGGAAAGUUGGGUAGAGGC